AUGUCCGUCGUUUCACUCCUCGGGGUGAAAAACCUCAACAACCCAGCUGCUUUCACCGCUUCUUAUCAAUUUGAGAUUACCUUCGAGUGUCUUGAACAACUUCAGAAGGAUCUCGAAUGGAAACUCACUUACGUCGGAUCCGCUACCUCCUCCGAGUAUGACCAGGAACUUGACUCUUUGCUCGUCGGCCCCAUCCCAGUCGGUGUGAACAAGUUCAUAUUCGAGGCCGAUGCGCCGGAUGUCAAGCGCAUCCCUACAUCGGAGAUGCUGGGUGUCACUGUCAUCCUCCUCACAUGCAGUUACGACGGCAGAGAAUUCGUUCGAGUUGGCUACUACGUGAACAACGAGUACGAUAGCGAAGAGCUCGCCGCUGAGCCUCCUGCGAAACCUGUCAUCGAGCGCAUUCGCCGCAAUGUCCUCGCAGAAAAGCCCCGUGUGACCCGCUUUGCUAUCAAAUGGGACUCCGAUGACUCGGCCCCGGCUGAGUACCCACCUGACCAGCCUGAGGCCGAUGGCCUUGACGAUGACAGCGGUGCCUACGGUGCCGAAGAACGUGAGCUCGAGGCUGCGCUCCUGAAGGAGCUCGAAGAUUCCAACAAGCCCCCUCCCGGUGAGGACCAGGAGAUGGAGGGCGCCGAUGCCCCUGCUGGCAAAGAAGAGGAAGAAGAGGAAGUAUCUGAUGCUGAGAGUGAAGAUCUCGAGGCUGAGAGUGAUGACGACGAAGAUGACCUUGAAGAGGAGGAGGGUGGUGAUGGCGAUGACGACGUCGAAAUGGGCGAUGACACCGAGCAAAAGGAUGAAUCCGCCAAGGCCCCUCACCAGGCUCAACCUGAGGUGAUGGUGCACUAG